UUUCACUGGCAACAUCAACAUUUUGUUUGCAUUAACAAAUAUUAUCAAAAAAGCCCCAUUUUUCAACAAAUUCAUCAUGGAAAUAGAUCUAGAACAAUCCGACGAAGACUAUGUCAUUCAAAAAGCCAAAGAAGCCCUAAAAAUCGACCCGUACACUGCAAAAGCCUGGAUGCUGACCGCAAAAUCUUUGUACCCCAACAAUUUCGUGGUGCAAUUCGAGGCCUAUUUGAUUGAAAAAACGGCGGGAAACGUUAAAGAGGCCGCCAAAUGUUUCAGCGAUCUAAUUGGCAAGUUUGAACAAGUCGAACUAUGGAAAGAGAUUGAAAAAGUCACUGCAGCUUUGAGAUCUGAAAUCGACAGUGAAGAUCCAGAAAGGCAGUUUUUGUGCGAAAUGUUCAAACACAUUUCGCCUAAAGUGCAACAUAAACUUUUGUUGUUUACUGCUAAUCAUUGUGAGGAUACUAUGGAGCAUUGCAGGUUGCUUUUGCUGCUUCUACAAAGGUUUCCUACAGCUAUUUCUAGCCAUGGAACUCCUUUAGUGGAUACAUUAAUGUCAGCAGAAAAACACAACUUAGAUGGCCAUUAUCCUAUAAAUUCCUACAGGAAAUUGUUAGUUUGCGAGCUGUUGCCUUUGUUGGCCAAACAAGAAAUCAAACUCGAAUUAGGACAUAGAUUAUUGUUGAAACUUUUAAAUAAGGCUUUGGAGUAUUAUUUUUGUUGCCUGGGCAAAUCUAGUACCAAUUUGCAGGAUAAAGACUCCAAUAAUAUAAAUACUUGGGCUAAAUUAUUUUCUGUACUAGAGUUUAUUGGUAAACAAUUAAAUUGGGAACAACAAUUGACUAAUUUUACUUUAAAUUGGUCCAAAGAAAGCUACUGGCAAAAAAUCUUAAGCUAUUGCCAAGUUAAACCAAAAAACUUAUUAUACGAAGACAAACAAUUAUUGUAUUGUUUGUCAAUAUUUUCAUUGUAUUGUUUGCAAGAGUAUAAUGCUAGUUUAGUGCCUGAGCAUCCUCCAGGACAACCUGCAACGUCUUACUUAUUAGUUGAAGGAUUUUUAGAUCCUAGUUUGCCUAGCCCUAUUUCUGAGCCAAAAACCAAAAAACGAAAAAGCGACGGUGGUGAUUCAGCCCAUCCAAUAAACGCCCAUGUGUCUGUGGAAAGGCCCGACUUGAAAAUAAUGCAAAGUAAUUUUUUGAUGUGUGUAAACUGUUGGGAAUUGCUUUAUUCUUCUGAGAAUUUACACAGAGAGUUUCUUAAAAUUUAUUCAUAUUUGAAACUUGAUACUUGGCUGUCACUGUUUAUAAUAGAUUAUGCUGUAUAUAGAGCAAGAUAUGAUGAGGCAUUGGUUUGCUUGCAGAAACUUGAUGAACCAAAGUUUGUCUUACAAAAAUUUACUAGGAUGGCCAGUAUAUUGUAUUUUAUGAAAAAUUACAGGGCCUGCCUAGAACCAAUUCUACUUUCUCUACCCCUAUUACCAUUGAACAAUUCCGGUAACUUAAGUACGCAUUUAAUAGUGGGCGGAACUCAAAGACACCUCCACUAUCUGCCAGUAACUAGAAUGACGAUUUUACAAUAUUUAACCAAAAUUUUACUGAGAUGCGUCAAAGAAAACAUGAUAAAGCAUGACUACAGCGAACUGUCCAUUGGUCACAUUUUCGUGCUGGCCCAACUGGAUUGGCCCCAAGAAGAAGACUUCAUUCCUCAAUUGUUGGAGGAAAUUAAAAAACACAAAUCCUUCCAGUAUCAUUUAUUCCAGAACUAUAUUGUUAAUGUUGAUAUAAUGGAAGAACUUACUUAUUUGUGGACGCCGCAAGGAGGACAAAUAAAUUUAGAGAUUUUGCCUAAUUUAGGGAGUCAACGUAGGAUUGGUACAAGAGGCGCUGAUAAAGGAGCAAAAGAAGAACUAAAACAAGCCAUUAAAAGACAAGUAGCAAGAAGUAAUGAAAAAUUAGACGAUUUGAUUAUUAAUUUUUUACAAAACGAACGAGCACUUAUACUGCAAGCGCUCGUAUGAUGCAGACAGGACUUGGUUAUAGAACAUUUUGUAAAACCCUGAGGAAAAGUUGCAAGGAAAAAAAAGGCUAAAAAGAGUGAUUUAGUUAUUUUUCCAGUGUACAAUAAUGUUAGCAAUAAUAAUAGGACUGUGGUUAAGAAAUUGACAAUUGUGAAUAAUGAUUUGGAAAUAUUUCCUUGUGAUAGGGCUAGAAUUAUUGAGAAUAAAAAUGUAAUUAUUGAGGAUUUGGAGAUUUUCCCUGUUAAUAAUAUUGUGUAGCCAAUAAGUUGUAAAUACAUUAAUUAAUAAACUUAUUUAAUGUAAAUUUUUACUCAUUGAGCGUCUCCAUUAAGGUCUGAUAGUGACGUCAUUGUAUAUGUCAAGGAUAGUGCACUAAAAUUGUGACGUUUUCAUCAGUACACCCAAUGCCAAUGUACUCUUUACAAGAAGUUUUUAGGGUCCCUGUAUGUGUAUGUGGAAAAAAUAAAACUAUGAGAAAUUUAUUAGUUAUUUUAUUAAAAUAACCGUGGCUCGUUUCCACAAAUCGGCAUUUCAGUUUUGGGGCUUUUUCGAGAAAAUUUUUAUAUAACGGACCAGGCUGGCAGAACCUGAAAGCAAGUGUGCGUACCUAGCAGGACAAGUUUCCAUCCUAGGAUCAAUUUUCUACUAGGUGACAAUUAAAUUUUAAUUAUUGAAGAAAAGCUUUUAAAAUUUAAUUAAGAAUAGGAACACCUUAAGAAAC